AUGAAAGGUGUGAAUUUCAUUAUUGGCCCACUUAGUGCUUUAAACGGCUUCGCCAGGCCAACUCAGGCUUCAUCCGUCACCCUCGGCUGUCUCGGGCUCCUCAAGUCGGCUCGUGUGUUUCACAAUUUUGCGAUGCCAAGGCACAUGCGGGCCGGAUCAACGCAAGCCCGGGCGCAUGAAGUGGUCCACACCGGAAGGUGUCUGCACCCAUCGAUUGUGCACAUCCGCUUAUCUUUCCCAGGCCAGUUCAGAUGGCAUGUCGGGCUGAAGUGGAGAGCAUUCGGCCGCCCUUGGACGACGCAGAGUGGCCACAUGCAGCAACACUUUAUCGUUUGCGUUCUCGCAAGUCCUGCCUCUGGCCCCCGACCGACUGACCAACCGACCGACCGACCGACCGACCAACGGACUGAUGGACCGACGGACCGACUGACCGACCGGCUCACGAGUGAAUGGGCGCACACCUCCUUUCGCUUGCUCUCUUUUUCCCAUUGCCAACACCGUCGGUACAGACAGCAAAAGGGCUUGCAGGCAGACGAGCAGCCCCCCACGCCUUUUUGGUACCGGACGCGUCUGCGACUCGACUACCCUCACUGGCAGCCGUCCGAUGGCCUACGCUCAGAUUUCCAAGUUUAG